CCGGCGAAUAUACUACACGCUCGUCCUCAAAAGCAACACGCUUGUUGCAAUAUGCGCCAUCUGCUCAGCCCAGGGUGAUGCUUCCCCUGAUCAUUAAUUGCGCCGCACGGGCGAAUUACGCCCCUUCUCCUGCCGCCAUCCGCUCAGCUCAGGGUGAUGCUUCCCCUGCUGCACUAUAGCUGAGUGGACAUACACAUGCCGUUGCAAAUGCCGCCAUCCGCUCAGCUCAGGGUGAUACUUCCCCUGCUGCACUUACCUGAGUGGAUGUACAACAUGCUUGUUGCUAAUAUGCCACCUUCUGCUCAGCUCAGGGUGAUGCUUCCCCUGCUGCACUAUAGCCGAGUGGAUACACCUCCACGACCGUCACCAGCCUCCUAUGCACAUCGCAAUACGCGCUUUCGGCUCCCCAGGGUGACGCUUCCCCUGACCUCCGACAAGCCGGUUAGCGCCUACCACAUCAGUUAUGUUAGGGGAACUCUUUGGCAUAUGGGAGUACUGGAAAUGGAUGCUCAUGCAAUCCCACAUGAGUUCAUCUUUAUAGAUGAGACUGGGUUCAACCUAGCAAAGACCAGAAGAAGGGGGAGAAACGUCAUUGGCCACAGAGACAUUAUAGAUGUUCCUGGCCAACAUGGUGGGAACAUCACAAUGUGCGCUGCCAUCUCCAGUAUGCAUGGUGCCCUCCACUGUCAUGCCAACCUUGGACCAUACAACACAGCCAAUAUUCUCACAUUUCUGGACAGACUUCACAACAUUCUCAUACCACCAGAGUGUAUGAAUGAUGCAGACCAUCAAAGAAACCGGUACGUUGUAGUAUGGGACAACGUGACCUUUCAUUGUGCAGCCCCAGUCCAAAACUGGUUUGCUGACCACCCAACAUUUCUCGUGCAAUACCUCCCACCAUACUCACCAUUUCUGAACCAGAUAGAAGAGUUCUUUUCGGCAUGGCGGUGGAAGGUAUAUGACCGGCAGCCCUUUGUGCGCAUGCCUCUUGUGCAGGCCAUGGAAGAGGCAUGUGAUGAGAUUGAUGUGGGUGCAAUUCAGGGAUGGAUAAGGCACUCAAGGCGCUUCUUCCCUCGAUGUCUGGCAAGGGAAGAUAUUGCCUGUGACGUUGACGAGGCGUUGUGGCCAGACCCGGCUGUGUGGCAAGAUGCUGCCUAAUUAAUUUUCUUGCCUCUUUUUUUUUCUGAAAUUUUCUUUUUCAGUUUACUGUUUUUUGUAAGAAUAUUUUUGUUC